AUGACCAUCUUGAAGGUAUUUGGUAUCCUUGUGGUGGUCUUUCUGGGAUACCACGGCCUUCUGUCUUUGCUCCAACACCGACGUCUAUCCUAUCUUUCAAAAAAGCAUGGGUGCGCCCCGCCAGUCACCCAGGCAAUGCGCUGGCCUUGGGGAGCUGAACGGAUUGUUCGGAUACUGCGAUUUCGCGGGGAUAUCUUGGACGGUCUGAUCUCGCCCAGCUUUUACCGCACCGGGGCGUGGACCAUCCGGGCCACAAUGCCUCUGGCUCUCCAGCCACUGAUGCUCGUGGCCGAGCCCGCGAAUGUCAAGGCGGUGCUGUCUACCAGUUUCGCCGACUGGGGUGUAGGCCCUCGUCGGUUGAAGCAGUUCGGACCUUUUCUAGGGCUGGGAAUAUUCACGGCCGACGGCCAUUCGUGGUCGUCCGCGCGCGGGAUUCUACGACCCGUCUUUUCGCGCCACCAGGUGUCCGAUCUUGAGUUCACCAGCCGCCAUGUCGACCGGUUGCUGGACUGCCUCAGCGCCAGCGAAGACGCGACGCCAGCUGGCACUUGGACGGACUGGGUAGACGCGAUGCCUCUCAUCUACCGAUUCACCAUGGAUGCGGCUACCGAGUUCCUCUUUGGCGAGAGCGUUGAUAGCCAGCUUCGACCCGGUACCGUAUCGGACCGUCGCAAUGUCUUCGAACAGGCGUUUGAGACGUCGUCCAUGGGCGUUGGCGGCCGCAUGCGCCUCGGCGCCUUCUACUGGGUCCUAAAUCACGCGGUAUUCCGUCGUGCCUGUCAACUCUGUCGCACCUAUGUGAGCGGCUUCGUGGACCGUACUCUUGGCCUGCCCCAUGAUAAGGAGAAGAAGUAUCAGCGCGGGCUCUUCCUGCGCCAGCUAUCCGAGUUGACGCAGGACCGCGAGCUCAUUCGCGACCAGCUGCUUCAGCUGCUUUUCGCUGGCCGCGACACCACGGCCACGCUAAUUUCAUUCGCCCUGCUAUGUCUGGCUCGCGAUCCCACUGCCUGGUCCAAGCUGCGCGCCGAAGUCCUCGCCCACUCCGCCAACAGCCUCUCUUUUGAGUCUCUCAAGUCUUGUUCCUACCUGCAGGCCGUUCUCUCGGAAACGCUGCGCCUCUAUCCGCCCAUCCCCAUCAACACGCGCCAGGCCUUGCGCGACACCGUUCUGCCCGUCGGUGGCGGCCCGGAUGGGGACCAGCCCGUGGCCAUUCCCAAGGGCACAACUCUCACGUAUAGUGUCUACGUGAUGCACCGACGCACCGAUAUCUGGGGCGAAAAUGCAGCCGAGUGGUGCCCAGACAGAUGGCAGGGACUGAAGGGCGGGUUUCACUACCUGCCUUUCAACGCAGGUCCACGACAUUGUCCUGGUCAGCAAUUUGCCCUCACCGAAGCAAGUUAUACUCUAGCGCGCCUGGCGCAGUCCUUUGACAUGAUCGAGUGUCCCGAUCCGACGCAACCGAUUCAGAAGACACUAGGUAUCACGGUGCAUCCGACUAGAGGGGUCGAAGUGAGAUUCCGCAAAGCAGCACAUAACCGUCGGUCGCACCAACAUUGCGAGGACGCAGCGUGCAGCGCGAGGGAUGAGGAAGAAGCAAAAAAGAGGGAAGUCGCAACGAUCGAUGAGAUUUGUGGGUCACAGGACCGGCUAGUCCUAAAGAGGCAAGUGCAGCUUCCUAGUCGCAAAGUGAAUCUGAAAUCUUGA